AUGAGCUUUAUGGAUCAAAUCCCAGGAGGAGGAAAUUAUCCAAAACUCCCAGUAGAAUGCCUUCCUAACUUCCCGAUCCAACCAUCUUUGACCUUCAGAGGUAGAAAUGACUCGCAUAAACUGAAAAACUUUAUCUCCGAAAUAAUGCUAAACAUGUCUAUGAUAUCUUGGCCGAAUGAUGCCAGUCGUAUUGUGUACUGCAGAAGACAUUUAUUAAACCCCGCUGCUCAGUGGGCUAAUGAUUUUGUACAAGAACAAGGUAUACUUGAAAUAACAUUCGACACAUUCAUACAAGGAUUAUAUCAACAUUUCUAUAAGCCACCAGAUAUCAAUAAAAUCUUUAAUGCAAUCACGCAACUUUCCGAAGCUAAACUUGGUAUUGAGCGUCUCAACCAACGAUUCAGAAAGAUUUGGGACAGAAUGCCACCAGACUUCAUGACCGAAAAAGCUGCCAUAAUGACAUAUACUAGGCUAUUGACAAAGGAAACCUAUAAUAUUGUCAGAAUGCACAAACCAGAGACAUUAAAAGACGCCAUGGAAGAGGCUUACCAGACAACCGCACUAACUGAAAGAUUCUUCCCAGGAUUCGAACUUGAUGCUGAUGGAGACACUAUCAUCGGUGCCACAACCCACUUACAAGAAGAAUACGACUCUGACUAUGAUUCAGAAGAUAAUCUGACCCAGAAUAGAUACGUCCACACCGUAAGGACAAGAAGAUCUUACAAUAAACCAAUGUCAAAUCAUCGAAACAGGAGAAAUAACAACGCAUCCAGAGAAGAAUGUAUAAAAAAUCGGCUAUGCUUCUAUUGUAAGAAAGAGGGACAUCGCCUGAACGAAUGUAGAGCACGUAAGGCGAGUUCUAACCGAUCUUGAACUCGAAUCAAAAGACCAACAAACUCUUUUUAUCAAAACCUUACCAAUUGUACACUAUAUCGCCAUCCCCGAGAUGGACAAUACCGCCGAAAAAACCAUAAAAAUACAAAACACGAAAGUAAAAACCCUGUUUGACAGUGGAUCACCCACGUCAUUUAUCCGAAGAGAUAUUGUAGAACUUCUCAAAUACGAAAUCUACGAGACCCCUCCACUCCGUUUUAGAGGAUUCGUAGCCACCAAAUCCGCCGUUACAUCCGAAGCAGUCACCAUUGACCUCAAAAUCAAUGACCUGCAGAUAACUUUAGCCGCGUACAUACUGGAUAACAUGGACUACCAAUUGUUAAUUGGAAAUCCAAUCUUACGCCGCUACCCGAAAAUCCUGCACACAGUACUGAAUACCAGAGAGAGCCCCGACUCCUUAAAGCCCAAGACUUAUCGCUCCGAAACCGUUAAUAACGUUAGAACCUACUCCGCUGGUAAUCGUGGUAACCCCAGAAACAUAAAACUGUCUUUUGCCCCCACCAUUCUCGAAGCAACUGACCCGAAAUCCGCUGGUAAUCGUGGUAACCCCAGAAACACAAAACUGUCUCUUGCCCCCACCAUUCUCGAAGCAACUGACCCGAAAUCCGCUGGUAAUCGUGGUGACUCCAGAACCAAAACCCUGUCUCUUGCAACCACUACUCCUGCAGCAAUUGACCCGCUUACGACCCUUGAUAACCCAGGUAGUACUCAAAGUACAUUUGCGCAAUUCCCGAUACCUGAAGAAGCGAGCAUCCUAGAAGAGGAUGGAAAAUACUCCAACGUUGUCUCAACCAUUCAGAGUGUAGAACCUAAUGCUACUGAUCACAGCAAUAAGGACACCUUUUGCACUUUGCCAGUUUGGUUACAACAGAAGUAUAGAGAGAUCAUACGUAAUGAUCUCCCACCAAGACCUGCCGACAUUAACAACAUCCCCGUAAAACAUGAUAUUGAAAUUAAACCUGGCGCAAGACUACCUCGACUACAGCCAUACCAUGUUACAGAAAAGAAUGAACAAGAAAUCAACAAAAUAGUUCAAAAACUGCUCGAUAACAAGUUCAUUGUUCCCUCAAAGUCGCCCUGCAGCUCCCCUGUAGUCCUCGUCCCGAAGAAAGACGGUACCUUCCGACUCUGCGUCGAUUACCGCACCCUGAACAAAGCUACCAUCUCCGACCCAUUCCCAUUACCCAGAAUCGACAACCUAUUGAGCCGUAUUGGAAAUGCCCAGAUAUUUACCACGCUAGAUUUGCAUAGUGGUUACCACCAGAUCCCGAUGGAACCCAAAGACCGCUACAAAACCGCCUUUGUCACCCCAUCCGGUAAGUAUGAAUAUACCGUCAUGCCAUUUGGCUUAGUCAAUGCACCUAGUACAUUCGCAAGAUACAUGGCUGAUACAUUUAGAGACCUGAGAUUCGUCAAUGUUUACCUUGAUGAUAUAUUAAUCUUCUCCGAAUCUCCAGAAGAACAUUGGAAACAUUUAGACACGGUACUAGAAAGAUUAAAGAACGAGAACCUCAUUGUUAAGAAGAAAAAAUGUAAAUUUGCAUCUGAAGAAACUGAGUUUUUAGGCUAUAGUAUUGGAAUCCAGAAAAUAGCUCCACUACAGCACAAAUGUGCAGCAAUCCGAGACUUUCCGACGCCUAAAACAGUAAAACAAGCACAGAGAUUUUUAGGAAUGAUUAAUUACUACAGACGAUUCAUUCCGAAUUGCUCCAAGAUUGCACAGCCAAUCCAACUGUUUAUUUGUGACAAAAGUCAAUGGACAGAAAAACAAGACAAGGCAAUUGAGAAACUAAAAGCCGCCUUGUGUAACUCCCCCGUCCUAGUACCAUUCAACAACAAAGCAAACUACCGACUUACAACAGACGCCUCAAAAGACGGCAUUGGUGCUGUUCUAGAAGAAGUCGACAACAAGAACAAACUUGUUGGUGUCGUCGGUUACUUCUCUAAAUCCUUAGAGAGUGCCCAGAAAAACUAUCCUGCUGGCGAAUUAGAACUACUUGGAAUUAUCAAAGCACUCCACCACUUCCGAUAUAUGCUUCACGGAAAGCAUUUCACGUUAAGAACAGACCACAUUAGUUUGUUAUCAUUACAAAACAAGAACGAACCCGCACGACGCGUGCAACGCUGGUUAGAUGACCUAGCCACAUAUGACUUCACCUUAGAAUACUUAGCUGGACCCAAGAACGUUGUCGCAGAUGCCAUAUCCCGUGCCAUAUAUACUAUAACCCCCGAAACAUCCCGACCUAUCGACACAGAAAGCUGGAAAUCUUACUACAAAUCAGACCCAUUAUGUAGUGCUGUCUUAAUUCAUAUGAAAGAAUUGACACAACACAACGUCACACCUGAAGAUAUGUCAGCCUUCCGUAGUUACCAGAAGAAACUCGAACUAUCAGAGACCUUCCGAAAGAAUUAUUCCCUAGAAGACGAAAUGAUCUAUUACCAAGACCGACUAGUAGUACCAAUAAAACAACAGAACGCAGUUAUGAGACUGUAUCAUGACCAUACCUUAUUUGGAGGACAUUUCGGUGUAACAGUGACCCUUGCGAAAAUCAGCCCAAUUUACUAUUGGCCGAAACUACAACAUUCGAUCAUACAGUACAUCAGGACCUGCGUACAAUGUCAACUAAUAAAAUCACACCGUCCACGCUUACAUGGACUAUUGCAACCACUCCCCAUAGCAGAAGGAAGAUGGCUUGAUAUAUCAAUGGAUUUUGUGACAGGAUUACCCCCAACAUCAAAUAACUUGAAUAUGAUCCUCGUCGUAGUUGAUCGUUUCUCGAAACGCGCUCACUUCAUAGCUACAAGGAAAACUUUAGACGCAACACAACUAAUAGAUUUACUCUUUCGAUACAUUUUUUCAUAUCAUGGUUUUCCCAGGACAAUAACCAGUGAUAGAGAUGUCCGUAUGACCGCCGACAAAUACCAAGAACUCACGAAAAGACUAGGAAUAAAAUCGACAAUGUCUUCCGCGAACCACCCCCAAACAGAUGGACAAUCCGAACGAACGAUACAGACAUUAAACAGGUUACUAAGAGCCUAUGUUUCAACCAAUAUUCAGAAUUGGCAUGUAUAUUUACCACAAAUCGAAUUUGUUUACAACUCUACACCUACUAGAACACUUGGAAAAUCACCAUUUGAAAUUGAUUUAGGAUAUUUACCGAAUACCCCUGCUAUUAAGUCAGAUGACGAAGUCAACGCAAGAAGUUUUACUGCCGUAGAACUUGCCAAACACCUCAAAGCCCUUACCAUCCAAACGAAGGAACAGCUAGAACACGCUCAAAUCGAAAUGGAAACUAAUAACAAUCAAAGACGUAAACCCUUAUUGUUAAACAUAGGAGAUCACGUAUUAGUGCAUAGAGAUGCAUACUUCAAGAAAGGUGCUUAUAUGAAAGUACAACAAAUAUACGUCGGACCAUUUCGAGUUGUUAAGAAAAUAAACGAUAACGCCUACGAACUAGAUUUAAACUCUCACAAGAAAAAGCACAGAGUUAUUAAUGUACAAUUCCUGAAAAGUUUGUAUACCGUCCAGACGCGUACCCAAAGAAUAAACCAAUCAGCUCCACUGAGAGAAUUAAGAGAGCACACGAAGUUACUGCACUCAUAG